GGAUAAUGAAGAUGAUGAAAAGGAUUUCGAUAUACCUAAGAAACUGAAUAAAGCUAAGACUAAAUCUAAAUCUAAAUCCAAAUCUCCUUCUGUGAAAAGGGAAUCUACUAUCACAUCAUCACCCGUGUCCAAUUUACUAGGAAGUAAAUUCAAAUCGGAUUCUUCUUAUAAGAGCAGUCCAUCUGUCAAGAAGACUAUUUCCAAGCCUAUUUCGCCAGCUCCAAAGAAAAACUUUGCCAAAGAGAAUGAAGAAAGAUAUCAAUGGUUGGUUAAUAUGAGAGACGCAGAAAAGAGACCAGUUGACCAUCCCGAUUAUGAUUCAAGAACUCUUUAUAUUCCUCAAUCGGCUUGGUCAAAAUUCACAGCUUUUGAAAAACAAUAUUGGGAAAUCAAAUCACAAAUGUGGAGUACGGUGGUGUUUUUCAAAAAGGGGAAAUUUUAUGAAUUAUACGAAAAUGAUGCAGUAAUUGCCAAUAGUGAAUUUGAUUUGAAAAUUGCUGGAGGUGGAAGAGCUAAUAUGAAAUUAGCGGGUAUUCCUGAAAUGUCAUUUGAAUAUUGGGCUAAAGAAUUUAUAAGUCAUGGUUAUAAAGUUGCCAAAGUCGAUCAAGUUGAAACUUUAUUAGCUAAAGAAAUGAGAGGUGGUACUACUAAAGAAGAAAAGAUUAUUAAACGUGAAUUAAGUAGCGUAUUAACUGGAGGUACUUUAACUGAUUUAGAUAUGAUAGGUGAUGAUAUGGCUAUUUAUUGUAUUAGUUUAAAACAAGAAGUACUUGAUGAUGGAUCAAAUAUAUUUGGAGUAGCCAUAGUUGAUACUUCAACUUCAGAAUUAAAUUUAUUAGAAUUUAAUGAUGAUUCGGAAUGUACUAAAUUAGAUACUUUAAUAACUCAAUUAAGACCUAAAGAAAUUAUAUGUGAAAAAUUAAAUUUAAGUGCAAUUGCCAUUAAAAUGUUAAAAUUUAAUGGACAAAAGCAACAAAUUUGGAAUAAUUUAAAUCCAAUAACUGAAUUUUGGGAUUAUGAUACUACCGUUGAAAAAUUAGUUGAAUCUAAAUAUUUUAAAGGAGAAGAUUUAGAUGAUUUUUCUCAAUAUCCUAGUGUAUUAAUUGAUUAUAAAGAGAAUCAUAAAGUAUCAUUUAAUGCAUUUGGAGGAUUAUUAUUCUAUUUGAAAUCAUUAAAAUUAGAUGAUAAUAUAAUAUCUUUAGGUAAUGUUAAAGAAUAUGAAAUAUCGAAACAGAAGAAUACUACUAUGUUAUUAGAUGGUAUUACUUUAAAUAAUUUAGAAAUUUUGAAUAAUUCAUUUGAUGGAGGAGAUAAGGGAACAUUAUUUAAAUUAAUUAAUAAAUCUAUAACUUCAUUUGGUAAACGUCAAUUGAAAAAUUGGAUUCUCCAUCCUUUAGUUAGACUAGAAGAUAUUAAUGAUAGAUUUGAUUCUAUUGAUUAUUUAAUGAAUACUUAUGAACUUCGAUCUAUUUUGGAGAAUGGAUUACUUGGAUUACCUGAUUUAGAAAGAUUAUUAUCUCGAAUUCAUAGUAAAGGUUUGAAGUUUAGAGAUUUCUUAAGAGUAAUUGAAGCAUUUGAAACUAUAAAUAAAUUAAUUAAAAAGAUUUCUAAUUUUGAAACUGAAGGUUCAUUAAAGAGAUAUUUAAAGCAAUUUCCUUCCAAUUUGAAUGAAAUAAUUCAAGAAUGGGAAGAUGCAUUUAAUAGAGAAGAAGCUAAAAAUGAUAUUAUUGUUCCAAAUUCAGGAUUUGAUGAAGAAUUUGAUGAUUCUCAAGUUAAAUUAAACGACUUAGAAAGUCAAUUAAAUCAACAUUUAAGACAAUAUAAGAAACUUUAUAAGUCUCAAGAAAUAUGUUAUCGUGAUAGUGGUAAAGAAAUUUAUUUAAUUGAAGUUCCUAAUAAAAUUAUUAAACAAAUUCCUAAUGAUUGGCAGACAAUGGGAUCUACUGCUAAAGUUAAAAGAUAUUGGUCACCUGAAGUAAAACAAUUAGCUCGUGAAUUAAUGGAGCAAAGAGAAUUGCAUAAGCAAGUAUGUGAAAGUUUAAAGGAAAGAAUGUAUAAUAAAUUCAUUACUAAUUAUGAUGAUUGGAUUAAGAUUAUUCGAACCAUUGGAGUUAUUGAUUGUUUAUUAGCCUUAACCAAAGCAUCUGAAACAAUUGGAUUCCCAUCUUGUAGACCACAAUUACUUGAUUCUACCAAUGGUCAAGGUGAAAUUGAAUUUAAAGAAUUAAGAAAUCCAUGUUUCUUGGGUACUAAAGAAUUCAUUCCUAAUGAUAUUAAAUUAGGUGGUAAAGAUGCUUCUAAAUUUGGUUUAUUGACAGGAGCCAAUGCAGCAGGUAAAUCCACAAUUAUGAGAACAACUUCAUUGGCUGUUAUAUUAAGUCAAAUUGGUUGUUAUGUUCCUUGUGAAUCAGCAAAAUUAACUCCUAUCGAUAAGAUUAUGACUAGAUUAGGAGCUCAGGAUAAUAUUCUUCAAGGAAAAUCAACAUUCUUUGUUGAAUUAAGUGAAACCAAGAAGAUCUUAAGUAAUGCAACACCAUUUUCAUUGGUUAUUUUAGAUGAAUUAGGUAGAGGAGGUUCAUCAAGUGAUGGUUAUGCUAUUGCCGAGAGUGUAUUAUAUCACUUAGCAACUCAUGUUCAAAGUUUAGGAUUUUUUGCUACUCAUUAUAGAUCAUUAGGAUUAGCAUUCAAGAAUCAUCCUCAAAUAAAACCUUUAAGAAUGGGAAUUAUAGUUGAUAAUACAUCAAGAAAUAUCACAUUUUUAUAUAAAUUAGAAGAAGGUACUGCACCAGGAUCAUUUGGUAUGAAUGUUGCUUCGAUGUGUGGUAUUGCAGAAAGUAUAGUAGACAAUGCUGAAAUAGCUGCCAAGGAAUAUGAACAAACUUCAAAAAUUAAAGAUCGUAAAUUAAUGACAGAUGAACUUUUGGGAUUAGGACUUCAAAGUGAUUUUAGUUGGUUUGUCAAUAAAGAUAAAUAUUCUCAAUUAAGUCAAGAUAUUUUUACUUAUGAUGAGGAUGUAAAACAACAUGCAUUACAUAACGUAUUCAAAUUAAUUGAUACGUUAUGAUCCAGUACUGUAUAUGUUGUAUUGAAUGAAUAUAUAGAAAAUAAAAAAAAACGAUUGCAAAAAAGCAAAAAUGCAUCAUCGGAGUAUUUUUGUGUACUCCGCACUACCUCCUCUUUUCCCCGACUUAACAAAAAUGCCGAAAAGAGCGAGAAUGGCACCAUUUCCCAACU